AUGGCACGCCCCCGCAUACAAUUCGACGAUGCAAUCCAGCCUGUGGCGUCACAUUUCUACACGUUGAGGAGCAGAGAAGUUGCUGGAGUGGGAAGCAUUCGUGCUCGAACUUCGAAGAGACGUGCGGGAAAUGUCGAAGAUAUGGAGUCUCUCAAGGUCGAAGAUCGAGACAUUAAGAGAAAGCAGACCUUUACAGGAUUGAGGCUCCUAUGGUUGGCAUAUCAGUCUACCGGAGUCAUCUACGGCGAUAUCGGCACGAGCCCGCUCUAUGUCUACUCCUCGACCUUCACACACGACCCUUCUUAUGAUGACUUACUUGGAGCCCUGUCUCUGAUCAUUUGGGCUCUCACCAUUAUGGUCAGCAUCAAAUAUUGCCUCAUUGUUCUGGCUGCAGACGAUGAAGGCGAGGGAGGGACAUUCGCUCUCUUCUCGCUGUUAUCGAGGUAUGCAAAUAUUGUCAGACGCGAUCCUCGAGAGGAGCAGUUGGUCAGAAUAGAGCGUCACAUCGCUAGUGAACUAGGAAGAUCGGCCCAGAAAACUCGAGGUCUCAUGGAACGAUCUCGGGCGACACAAUGGCUGCUGAAAAUUCUAGGCGUCUUUGGCGUCGCUCUCGUCAUGUCCGACGGUGUCCUGAUGCCAGCACAAUCGGUCCUCGGCGCUAUUCAAGGCAUAGAAGUUGUCCAUCCUACUAUAUCACAGAGCACCGUCAUCGGAUCGUCGUGCGCAAUCCUCGUUGUUCUUUUUCUAGUUCAACCAUUUGGCGUAACGAAGCUGGCAAACACGUUCGCCCCUAUUGUCAUUAUCUGGCUGCUUUUUAACGCCGUAUUCGGCAUAUACAACUUAGCUUGGCAUGACUCCUCGGUGCUGAAGGCAUUCUCGCCUUAUUUCGCCGGAGCCUAUCUAGUCCGGAACAAGACUGGCUGGGAAAGCCUUGGAGGGAUCCUUCUAGCAUUCACCGGUUGCGAAGCGCUUUUCGCCGACUUGGGGGCCUUUACCCAACGCGCCAUUCAACUCUCAUGGCUAACGUUCGCCUUUCCUUGCCUGUUACUCGGCUACAUUGGCCAAGCGGCAUACAUCUCUGACGACCCUUCUGCGUGGUCAAAUCCGUUCUACAAAACAGUUCCACCUGGCUGUUUCUGGCCUUCACUCAUUGUCGCGAUUUUGGCAGCUGUCGUUGCAAGUCAAGCAAUGAUCACGGCAGUCUUCCAAUUGCUCACGCAAAUUAUGAAGUUAAGCUACUUCCCGCAGGUCAAGGUUGUACAUACCUCGAAGAUCUUCUACGGGCAAGUCUACAUUCCUAUCGCGAAUUGGUUGUUGAUGAUUGCCACUUGUAUCGUCACUGGAGUGUAUACUAACACCGCCAACUUGGGCCAUGCUUAUGGUGUCUGUGUGGUACGUGAUGACUCUGAAUUUGCCUUGUACAGCAACUUCCAAUGUUUCUCUCUUUCAUGGAUGCUACUCCUGAGAAAGACGACCGUUAAACUAACCCAUCCCACCCUCCAGAUCCUGGUAACGAUGUUGACAACCUGUAUGGUCGCCAUUGUAGCCUUGAUUGUCUGGCGAGUCCCGGCUUUUGUUGUACUCCCCGUAUGGCUCAUCUUCGCUCUCUUUGACGGCACAUUCCUCUCUUCGGCGAUGACAAAAGUUCCCGAAGGCGCAUGGUUCACGCUCGCUUUGGCAGUGGCCCUCUCUUCCAUCUUCCUCCUCUGGCGAUUCGGCAAGGAACAGCAAUGGCGCGCCGAAGCGUCAGAUCGGUUUCCACCAAGUCAUCUAAUCCGGGCCAUUGCCAGCCCUUUCACAGGCAACAACAGCAACAGUGACCCCAGCAAUAUUUAUACCCGGAAGCUGAAGCUUUCGCCAGCCUUCGGCGGCAAGGAAGUCACGCGUAUCGACGGCAUGGGGAUUUUCUUCGAUAAAUCAGGUUUACCUUCCAGCACGCCGAGGGUAUUUAUCCACUUUUUGCAGAAAUUCCAUGCCGCGAACGAUGUCAUUGUGUUCUUCCACUUGCGACCUCUCCAAAUUCCCACUGUUCCGGCCGAAGAGAGAUUUGCCGUGUCGCGGUGCUAUAUCGGAGACGAAGAGGGAAACAGCGAGCGCGUCAUGCCUGACACCUACCGCAUCAUGAUCCGCCACGGGUAUAACGACGAAGUCGUGACAAACGACCUGGGAGGCCUGCUGUACGAGCAGAUCCGAAAUUAUCUAAUCCGCGAAUGUUUGGGGACAGUUUUACCGCCCAAUGCUGAUCCAAGUAUUAAUGGCGACGUAUUAGUAAAAGAAAAGGGUGUCGUCUCGCGCACUACCGAAGUUUCCAUCCCUUCUGCUCCUGAAUCGGGCCGCCUGUCCUCAGAACAUCUCGAGCUCGCUCGCAAACUCGCCGAACUGCAACAUGCAUUCGAGAGCCAGGUGGUCUACGUGGUGGGCAAGGAACAAAUGCGCGUGAAGAAAGGAAAAUUGACACCCGGGCAUAUCUUGAGGAGAGGAGCGUUGGAAUUAUUCUUGUUACUUCGGGAAAAUUCGCGCACGAAAGUCCAGGCUUUGAAUGUGCCGGUGGAGAAGCUUGUUGAAGUUGGAUUUGUGAAGGAGGUUUGA